AUGCUUUCGCCUACGGGUAUAGCAGAUGGUACCAACACUUCUGCAAUGGGAGAGCCCAAAAGAACCGGACCAGACCCCGAUGGGCCGAUAGAAAUUCCCGAAUGGGAUUUCCACGAGACAAUCAAGUCCGGUUACUGGUAUGAUAUCCAUAUUCCUCUCCUAGAGUCCUAGAGGGGAAAUUAUUGACUCAGUAGGUUCGUCAAACACUACAUGUCCUGGUGUGACUAUUCGAGGGAUGCAGCGCCGGGGUGGUAUGACAUAGCGUUAGCCUACACACGUUUGAACGUCAGUAUCACUCGCCCUUUCCAAAUGACGGUACCCUUUACCAAAUUCUACAACUUCACUUUCGCCUCGUACGAAUGCUCGGGGGCUGGUGGUGAACUCUGCGCGGCUCUGGAGCUAAAGAUCAACGGUUACCCCAAAUUCAACCUCAACAAAGAUGGCAUCUUUAUUGAGCAGUGGGAUGGUGGAGACCAUAACACGUUCAUAGAAGGCUUUACUCUCUUCGUGGAGGAGUUCCUGGGUAAGAAGUUCCUGGGAAAUAGAGAGCUCAUGGACCUUUCCGCGCCUCGGAGUGCAGAGGCGAGGAAGGCGGCUGAGGAGGACACUCAGAAAUGGGACCCAGACACCGCUAUCCUUCCUGAGAGGGCGCGGGCGGAAUAG